UUAAAGUCUGCAGAAGUGGGCGACAAGCGUCCUGACAUUCAUACUGGAGGGCGUCGCCAAUGUCCAGCAUGUACAAGCUGGUGUCCGCAGCUCGCGUCGCUGGGCUCCGCGGACCCUCGCGCAGCUCUCUGAGGAACUUCCACUCUGCUGCGGGUGUGCAAUGUCAGAAAAUAAAAACUUCUCCUGCAGACCCCCCACAGAUGCCUCCGUGCAACUUUACACCUGAGCAAUAUCAGGGAAUGUCCAAAGAGCGGAUAAUGGAGAUCCGCAGACUGAACUGCAACCCGAUGACCAUGAAGGUCACCUAUUACAAGAAGCCAGUGUUCAUCCAUCAGGGAUACAAGCAGUGGCUGUGGGAUGUGGAUGGUAGAAGAUAUUUGGACUUAUUUGCUGGCGUUGCAACUGUCAGUGUGGGUCACUGCCAUCCCAAAGUAACUGCAGCAGCAGAGCAGCAGUUGAAGAAACUUUGGCACACCACCAGCAUUUACGUGUAUCCUUCGCUGCACGAGUAUUCUGAAAAACUGGCCUCUUACCUACCCGACCCACUUAAGGUGAUUUAUCUGACCAACAGUGGCUCAGAAGCCAAUGACCUUGCAAUGCUAAUGGCUCGAUUUCACACCGGGAAUUUUGACAUCAUCACAUUCAGGGGCUCAUAUCAUGGAGGAAGUCCGCAGGCGAUGGGCCUGACCUCAAACGCAGCGUACAAGUACCCCAUUGCCGGUGGCUUGGGCUGCACAAAUACCAUGUGCCCUGAUGUGUUCAGAGGUCCGUGGGGGGGGAGCCACUGUCGAGACUCUCCGGUACAGACCAUCCGAGAGUGUAGCUGCGCCCAAGGUUCUUGUAUGGCAAAUGAGCAAUACAUCUCCCAGCUGAAGGAAACAUUCGCCACCAGUGUCCCAAGUCGCAUUGCAGCUUUUUUCGGAGAACCAAUUCAGGGAGUUGGAGGAGCCGUACAAUACCCCAAGAAUUUCCUCAAAGAGGCUUACAGCCUUGUCAGAGAAAGAGGAGGGGUCUGCAUCGCCGAUGAGGUUCAGACUGGAUUUGGACGCACGGGAAGUCAUUACUGGGGCUUCCAAGGACAUGACGUCAUCCCUGAUAUGGUCACCAUGGCAAAGGGCAUUGGAAAUGGUUUCCCUAUGGGAGCCGUCGUCACCACUCCUGAAAUAGCAGCUUCCUUUGCCAAAGGGGUGCACUUCAAUACCUUUGGAGGAAACCCAGUCGCCUGUGCUGUUGCUUCAUCUGUGCUUGAUACGAUUAAAGAAGAGGGUCUGCAGCAGAACAGUCACAAGGUGGGCACCUACUUGCUGACCGAGUUGGCGAAGCUCAGAGACAAGUACGAGAUCAUCGGAGAUGUCCGCGGGAAGGGCCUGCAGAUCGGUGUGGAAAUGGUCAAAGACAAGGUGAGCAGAGAGCCGCUUCAUCCUCAGGCGAUGGCUGACAUAUUUGAGGAUGUCAAAGACAUGGGAAUCCUCAUUGGGAAAGGAGGCGUUUAUGGUCAGACAUUCCGAAUCAAACCCCCCAUGUGUGUGACGAUGGAGGACGCGGAUUUCUUCCUGGCGGUUUUUGACAAAUGUCUUCAGAACUACAGAGAGAGAAUGUAAACAUUCACGUGUGACUCAGACUGACAAAGUAUUUUAAUGGAUAUUCACUAACCAAUUUUGUUACUUUCGAGGCCGAGCCAACGCAUUAAAAAAAAGAAGCUCGGAAAAAUUAUGAUUAUUAAUUUACUUUAAUGCUUGUUGCAUGCUUAUUUACGCACUCAUUAUCUCUACUGACAUGAUACAUAUCAGAUACGGUGCUCCGUUUUAGUCCUUUUUAUUCUUUGAGGUCUGUUCACCAGAGUAUUCUAGCAUUUCACGGUUUACUGUCCUUGAGCGCCAUCUGGUGGUGAUACACUGUCAUUUUUUAUUUUUAUUCUGGCUCUUCGUACCAAACUAAAUGAAAGUCGAUUCCCAAGCCACUUUAAAGCGAUACACUGGAGUUACGAAAUAAUUAUUGAUUUUGAAUUAUUAAUAAUUGAUUUAUGUCGAUCGCUUAUUUAAAUUAUGUAUCAUGUAUAUUUUACUAGUGAUUUGCUCUGGAAGCGUCAAAUCGAUGCACACUUGUGCACUAUGUGUUCAAUAUCAAAAAUAUACACUAAACAUCCGAAUUUUUAUUUGUGUUUUUUAUACAAAACUCACUCACCAGAUAAAGUAUUCAUGUAACAUGACAUGAAAUCUCACUGUCUCCACGCCUCCAAACCAUCAAAUGUCCCGAAUACUGUUUCCAUACUUCAUUUGAAAUCACGUUUUGUUCUUCCAUCCCUUGAAAUAAAUGUCUU